GCGCUCCUGUGCCACGCGCCGCCAGUAGCUCCGAAGGGCGGGGCCCCGCUCCAGCACGGGGAGACGCAUCCCUGCUGCCGUCAGCCUGCCCGCUAUCACGAGAAGUCCUCCUGCAUCCUGAGGCUCCAUUCGCCGCGGCUGUGGCUCCAGCGGCAGCUGCGGGCAGCUCCGGAGCAGCUCGACGGGACGCUGGGGGGGAGGGCGGGCAGGCAGAGGGACACGAGCACCAGCCUCCUGCUCCGGAAAUCCGAGGCGGUAGAGCCGGUAUCGGCGCCUGCGCGGAACCAGCAGCAGCAGGACGAUUCAGAGCAGCCAGGCCACCAGGUCGGCGCGCUGGGCGCCGGUGGCGGCAGCGCUCCGGGCAACCAGCACCAUGUGAAGGCAGAAAGGGACGGCGGACCAGCGCGGUCCGGCCUCGGCUGGCUGCAGCAGCGCCGGCCGGAGAAGCCUCGUCGCGCGCGGCUAGCCCUCCACUCGCCGAGGCAGGGCGAGGGCGUCCUCGACCAAAUGCUCGACCGCUACUCCGACGAGGUCUACCCGGCCACCCCUACCAUGUGGCAGGCCACAACCGGCAUCCCCGAGGACUGGUGCAUUUACGACAUGUCUACGCACCUUUCCCCAGCCAGCCGGGCCCCGGUCACGGGCGCCGACGCGCUGAUCCCACCGCGCGAUGCCACUCCCAUGGUCGCCGAGGACAGCUGGGAGAGGCUCUCGGACGUGACGCUGAACGAGGUGCUGGAGGCCGAGGCUCUCACGGAGCAGGAGAUCCAGCAGCUGAACGAGGGCCAGUUCAAGUUCGAUCCGGCAUCAGCGCGCUGGAGGUCGAUGGGACUCAAGCUCUUCGGCUGCGUGCGGACGUGCGAGGACAUGCGCCUCCUGUGCGGGAUGCCCCCCCGCAUGCUCCAGGGGGCGGGCCCGGAGACGAUCGACCGGGCCACCUGCCCGCGCCCUCCGUGGGCUCAGUGGUCCAGCGGCAACCCGACGAGCUGGUGCACGUUCUGCCGGCGCUGUGGCCUACGUCUCUGCCUGCGCCCCAAGACCGUCGAGGAGAAAGCUGCGGCCCAGGUGAAGAAGCAGGUGAAGGCCAAAGCAAAGGAGCUGCGCGACCAGACCAAGGCAGUGACGGCGGCGGUGAUGGCCCAGCACGAGCGGGACCUGAUGGAGCUGACCAGCGCAGACGGCGACCCGCGGACUCCGACGCCCCCGCCGAAGCCUCCGCCGAAGAAGACGCCCAAGGCGAGGAGUGCGGCGACGGAGAACCUCGACGAGGUCCCGGGCAACCUCUACGUUCCCACGGACGCAGGGUACAUUCUCUACAAGGCGCCGCCUCCGGACGCGCCGGUCAGCAAGAAGUACUCGCUGCAGGUGAGAGGGGCGGACGUCCGCCCUAUGACGCAGAGCGAGAUGAUGCGCGCGCUGUCCGACAUGAAGGUGUGCCUGGAGACGCAGCAGCGGUCCAACGAGCUGACCUGGCAGGGCGUGAGCAAUCUGAUCCGGGAGAACCGCGCCAUGGCCGAGAGGGCCGCCAGCGGCAGCAGCGGCAGCACGGCGCCCAGGAUGAACCCGGAGGACCUCGCGCAGCUGGCGCAGAUGAUGGUCUCGAUCCAGAGCGGCGGCGGCGCGGCGCCGGAGGUCCCUCUUACCGGGCUCCCCGAGCGGUCCUUUCCAGAGGCCGACCCUCCGGACGACGAGUCCGACGAAGACGUCCCGGAGACCCUGCCCCGGGGGCCAGCGGCACAGGCUCCCGCCGCCGCUUCUACCACGGUCUCCCUGGGCCCGGAACUGCAGCGUGAAAUCUACAAGCUUCACGCCCCUCCUGAAGAUUUUGACGGCUUCUCGGGUGAGGUGGACGACUUCCAGGAUGCUCGGCUCCUGGAUGAGCUGAAGCAGUGGUCUGCCAUGAGGGGGGCCCCCAACUAUCCGGCCCUGUUCCAGCGCAAGUUCAAUGGCUUGCACGUGGAUCUCGCCCUGACGUUGCUGGGUCAGCCUUCUUGCUGGCGGCUGCGCUGCCCGCGCCUUGUGGCUGACGCGCUUGCGCUGAUCAAGGUUUGCAAGUUCUUGAAAGCGUCGCCCGAGCAGAGACUCACGAUCUGGAACUUGGAUCCUGCCUCGGUCACGCUUGUCACUGCGAGUGACGCCGGAGGGCCCGGAAGUGCUCGCCGUGGUGGGGCCCAAGGGGCCUGGAUCCUCAUGGCUGCGGAUUCGGUCAUGCGUGAUAACCGUCGCGCGCGCGUGGGUGUUUUAGCGUGGAGAUCGCUGCGCAUCAAGAGGGCGGUGUCCAGCACCGUUGCCGCUGAAACUCUUGCUUUGUCGGGGGCCACGGGGGAAGCUCAGUGGAUUCAGGUGCUUUGGCGCGACGCGGUGUUUGGUGAUGUUCCCAGGCCGGCAUGGUUCGAUAACCAGCGGCCUUUCGCCGUGAUGUUGGCUAGUGACUGCCAGUUGGGAGAAGCGGCCUCAGGGCUGUCAGUGGUGGACGCCAAGUCGGUGUUCGACGUGCUGAGUCGAAACUCAGCGGGCUCACGUGCGGACAGGAGAAACGCUGUGGAGCUCGCGGUCAUUCGAGAUUCGCUCGCCUCGGUUGGUUCUCGCAUGCGCUGGGUUCCGCGCGCGAGGAUGCCUUCGGAUCCUCUCGCCAAGGUGGACCCCUCGUCGGGUAACCACGCUCUAAGGGACCUCCUCUCGAAGGGCACCUUGGUGCUCGUGGACGAGCACGGGCGCCUGGGCGAGCGCUCGCUUAACGCGAGUCUGAAAUCGAGGUCCAGAGGCGCCAGCCGGAAGAUGCUGGACGCUGCGGGGUCGGGAGCUCCGGGGCUCGAGGGCCCAGUGUGGAUCUCUCUUGGGGGAGACGGUGGCACUUUGGAGGACCCCAAGGUUGUGGGCCUGGCGAGGGGCAAGGCCGGGUACGGACGAGCGGAGGAAGGAGGAGAAGACCUGGGACGAGCUUACGGCUCGGGGGAUGCGGAUAGCUUCGAGCCCGCGAGAAUUUGGCCCGCU